UAAAGACUCAUGUCUUCCUCCAUCUAAUCUAUAAAUAUGAACACUUUUGCAACUUCCCAUCAUAUCAUUUCUUCUCUCCAUUAUCUAUUGAUAUCUCUACGCUUGGGAAGCACAAAGGCCAUGGCUAAGCUUGUUAUUGUGCUUGUCAUUGCUCUGCUAGCCAUUUCCAUGGCUGGUUCCAGCCACAAGGUUCUAGCUAAAGCUACUGAAGGUUCUUCAGAGCAAUACAUGCAGGCAUUGAAUGGACAAGGAUCCCUCAGGAUCUAUCAGUGUCCAUCACAAUGUUCAAGAAGGUGCUCCAAGACGCAGUACCACAAGCCAUGCAUGUUCUUCUGUCAGAAGUGUUGCAUGAAGUGCCUCUGUGUGCCCUCAGGCUAUUAUGGCAACAAAGGAGAAUGCCCUUGUUAUAACAACUGGAAGACCCAGAGAGGAGGACCUAAAUGCCCUUGAGUCGAGGAGCAUACAUUUGCUCUAACAUAUUGAUAUUGUUAUCCUAUUUUGCUGCACCUAAAAAUGCGCCUAUAUUAUCACAAGGCUGCCCGACUUACCUCAGUAUGGUUUGCCAGUGUGGUACGGGGAAGUAUGUCUUGUAUUAAGAAUCUAUAUUUACAAUUGACUGUUAAUGGGCUA